UCGUCCCACUCACACUCUCUGUCAGAGCGCGGCGUUGACAGCCACUGGCCACUGAUCAGCCCACUUUGUCGGGGUUCGCGUCUCCAUGCAAGACUGCUGAAAAAAAAAGAAGCUUCCACUUUCUUUCCUCCGCCAGGCAGAGCAGCCACCACACCGAGCCCGUCCACGGCGACAGCAAGCACAAGAAGUUCAUUUUCUUUCUAGACGCACCACCGUCUCACACCCCCCACUUUGCACCAUGUCUGGAGAGGACGCACCUGCCCAGCAGCAAAACGCCGUGGACCAGAAGCAGGAGACCAAGCCCGCCGAGGAGCCCAAAGCCGAGCCGCCCAAGACGGAGUCCGCGCCCGCCGCCGCCGCCGAGGCUGCUGCCACCCCGGCGGCGACCACCGCCGAGAAGGUCCCCGAGGAGGAGACGUUCACCUACCGCGCUCUGGUGCUCACCGGCUACGGGGGCUAUGAUAAGGUGAAGCUGCAGGUGAAGAAGGGGAAGCCGGCGCUGAAGGCUGGAGAGGUGCUGGUGCGGGUCAAGGCGUGCGGGCUCAACUUCGCCGACCUGAUGGCCCGACAGGGGCUGUACGACCGGCUGCCGUCCCCGCCGGUCACCCCCGGGAUGGAGUGCUCCGGGGUGGUGGAGGCUGUGGGGGAAGAAGUGACGGACAGAAAAGUGGGCGAUAGGGUGAUGGUGCUGAACCGCUUCGGCCUGUGGCAGGAAGUGGCAGCGGUGCCGGCCAGCCACACCUUCCUCAUCCCAGAGGGGAUGAGCUUCGAGGAGGCAGCGGCGCUCCCCGUCAACUACAUCACCGCCUACAUGAUGCUGUUUGACUUCGGCAACCUGCGGCCCAACCAGAGCGUCCUGGUCCACGCUGCUGCAGGUGGUGUGGGCAUCGCCGCCACUCAGCUGUGUAAGACGGUGAAGGAUGUGACUGUGUUCGGCACCGCAUCGGCCAGCAAACACGAGACCAUCAGCCAGGGUGGAGUCACACACGCCAUCGACUAUCGCACCAAGGACUAUGUGGAGGAAGUCCGCAAGAUCAGUCCGAAAGGACUCGACAUCAUCCUGGACCCUCUGGGAGGAUCAGACACCCACAAGGCCUACAACCUGCUGAAGCCCAUGGGGAAACUCAUCACCUAUGGUGCUGCUAACAUGCUGGCGGGUCAGAAGAAGAACCUGAUCGCUGUGGCCAAGAACUGGUAUCACCAGUUCUCCAUCCACACGCUCAGCCUGAUCCAGGGCAACAAGUCGGUGUGCGGCUUCCACCUGGGCUACCUGGACGGGGAAACGGAGCUCAUCUCCCAGGUCAUGAGCACCGUCCUGGACCUCUACAAGCAGGGGAAGAUCAAACCCCGCAUUGAUUCCACUUGGCAUUUGGAGCAGGUGGGCGACGCCAUGAGAAAGAUGCAGGAGAGGAACAACAUCGGCAAGGUGAUCCUCACCACGGAGCCGAUGCCCGAGGAGGAGAAGAAGGAGGAGGCCAAGAAGGAAGACAAGAAGGAGGACAAAAAGAAGGAGGACAAGAAGAAGGAGGACAAGAAGAAGGACGAUGCCAAGAAGGAGGAGAAGAAGGACGACAAGAAGAAGGAGGAGCCCAAGAAGGAGGAGCCCAAGAAGGAGGAGGAGAAGAAGGAGGAGGUCAAGAAGGAGGAGAAGUGAGGGGGAAGGGAUGGAGAGUCGAGCAGACCAGCAGCGAGGGAGGGUGUAACCGGGAGGGGUGAGGAGGGGUGAGGAUGGAGGUGGCGAUGCGGACGAAUGGGGGUGGAGGGGGAGGCGAGGAUGGGAGGGAGUUUAGAGGGAUGGAUGAGGAAGCGGUCAUGUCAGUCUUUCACCUCUGGCCGGGAUGCAACCACAUCCACCUCCACUUGCAUUUAUCUCGAGGAAAAUAAAAUCCAAAUCACUUGUAAUCCGUUGGAGGCUCCAAAUUCACCUACAAACCGGAAUAUUACACAUUUUCACCACUGUUUACAAUUUCUGAACACUCCAAAUCGAUCUCAAAACAUGCAAGUUCAGCGGAUUUAAGACUUAAAAAUUCAAAAUAAUGCAGCUUUUUUAAAGCUUUACGGCAAAAAUUGUAGUUGAUGAAAGUUAUCCGCCACACCAAAGUCGAUAACUUGCUUUCUUACGGACUCUUUGGACAAUUUUGCAUCAUUUUUCAAAAUGUAGAAUGGUCUGACACGCCUAGAAAAAUGUCAGAAACACGUCUUUCGCCAAAAUUCCUCAGCUGAUGUUGCCUCUUUUCAUUCAAUUAGAAGUUUUUUCCUUUUAACAGAAGCAGAAACUGAGCAUUGUGUCAAAAUGCAGGUGAAAAUUAGACCUUACCCAAAGUUUUUAAUGGAGAAUGAUCAGAAAACACCAUUGCUUACUGAUGUUCAAAGCUAGUUCUAGUAAAUACUGUGCUAAACAAAACAGGAUUGUGGCUUUACAUUGACACAUGGAGCAACUGGCUUUGCUAGGACUCUUAGGGCACUUGAGCAACAUUUUUCAAACAGUAGAAUGGUCUGGCACACCCCCAAAAAUGUCAGAAACACGAGUCUGUAGCCAAAAUUUCUCAGCUGAUGUUGCGUCUUUUCAUGCAAUUACAAGCUUUUAUUUGUAAGAGAAGCAGAAACUCAGCCUGGUGACAAAACACAGAUGAAAAUGAGACCUAACCCGAAGUUAUACGGUGAUUUCACGCUUGAAAGUUCACCCAGUAUGCACCUUUUUAAAGUUUUUCUGGUGAAUCUGGUCAAAGCGGAUUCUAGUAAAAAUCUUCCUCGACAAAACACAGAUUUUGGGUUUAACUUGUAACUUAUAAAGUGCAAAAUUUGUACUGCGAGGGCCUUUACCUCUGAAAAUAUUCACAGUAUGAAGGGUCAAACUUUGCAUGACUUCAUUACAUGGAACAAAGUUACUGUUGAUACAAAAUCAGGUGAUUCAGGUGGGAGGAAGAACGCCCACGAGACUUUAUUCCUAUUGGAGAAUGCCGUGGAGGAUUGUGGGUCCAGGCCUGAUGUUGGAGGGUUCAUGGGAGGGGGAGUAAAUUGCGGUUACCUCGGCGACGGUAAUCCCCUCUCCGGCCUCGCCCCUCGACCCCCUCGCGCCCCUCCGCCGCCACCUUCCACUCCCACUGUGUUCUAAACUGUUCUGCUCUGACUUCCACCUGCCGCCUCCACUUUCCUCCCCCUCACUGUGCUGAGUCCCCCCCCCCCCCACUUCCCCCUUCAAUCUCCUCACACAAACACACACACACACACACACACACACACACCUCCCACACCCACGCACCCACGGGCCGAACCCACCGACAGGCGCAAAGGCAGGCAGAUAAACUAGAACCACACCCACCCACACUCUUCCUCGCCGUCUCGGUUAUGUCAGCGAGGAUGAGUCAGAGAGGCCUGUGAUUGGCCGUCGAGCCCUCCCCCUACACCACCACGGGAGAUAUUUGCAUCACGGUUUUCUCAUCAUGAUCCGAGGCCUUUGGAGUUUUAUCGCCUUAAGCACCCCAAAAAAAUUCUUGUGAAGUCGCCACGGCGGGCUUCUUGAAUAUGAAUUAUUUCCCUCAUAAUGAGCCUUUUCAGCACGACGUUGAAUAGAAAAAUCAUCGCCCGGCUUCCUCUCUCCAUAGCUACAGAUUUUUUUUUUUCUAGCCGACCAACUGUUGGCAAGAGGCGCUCAGUGCCAAUUAAGAGAGUUUCUGUUCAAACGAGCCACAAAUGCACACGAUUCUCUGAAUGAAAGGGCCACUGUAGCACCGAGAGACAGUAAAGAAACCAGUUUUCUCCUUUAUUUUGAAUUUCCUCCUCGACGCUUUCAAGACGACCUGAGAGAGGAGGAUUCAGCUCAAGCCGGCGUCCAUACUUCCCCUCCUCCGUCUCCCUCGUCUUUCCAUUUCCCUCUCUAUGGUCGGCAUAGCAACAGGCGUCAGAGAUGGCACUGUUGCUCUGACUCCCUCCUCUCCCUUCGUCUCCCUUUUUAUUCUGCUUUCCCGUAUUCGGCAACAGGUGUAAAAUGAAUUAAAGAUACAAAAAAGAGCAGCAAAGAUGAAGCGCUUUUCUCUUCUUUUUUUUUUUUUUUUAAAAAAAGGAAUGUCUAAUAUGUGAUUUAUCCCUGACAAUGUGGCUAAAAUAGCUUGCCGCUCCCCCUAACGGACAGAAUCCUCAGUAUUUCACCACGGAUGCUCCUGGGUGGUCUCUCUGACUCUAGUUUAUCCACCUGCACUGCUCGUCUCUGAGUCCGGCCUCAGUGUCGAGACUCAGAUGGUGACUAGUGACUUUGUAUUAAAAAAACAAAAAAAAAACAACAAAACUGAAAAAAAAUGUAUGGAGAAAAAAAGGAGUGGAGAAGAAGAAAAAAAACGUUGUUGUGUUAGCAUGAGUGGCCUCCCCUCAUGUGCUGUGUGUGGUGUGCCAUUGUGUGUGAAGACGUGUGUGUCCUCAGGUCUAUGUCAGGUUUUAAAAGCACCCAACCUUCGUCCCAGAACCCCCCACCCCACCCCACCCCACCACCCCACCCCACCACCACAUAUCCCCCUCCUUUACACUACUCCGGCUACAGUAUUAUGUAGCUCCCUUCUCACUCCUGUCUGAUAAGAGGCCUGUGUUUUACGAGGACAAGUUGGUAUUAGUAUUUUUGCACUCUGCUCGCUGAUCUUAAUGCACUUGCAAGCAUGGCGGUCGCACUCCGAGCCCCACCUGCUUUGAUUUUCUGCAGCCCCAACAUCAUCAUCACCACCACCACCACCAUCCACUCACAGCUGAAAGCACAGGUGGCUCAAAAAAAAGAAACGGCUCCCCCAGGCCAACUUUCUCCUCCUGGGUGGCAGCUAAAAUCAAAGCAUUCAUGCAUCCUCGGCUGCGGGAAGUAAAACGUGGAGGAAGCUGCGGGUGGAGUGCCGGAGUGCGAGUGCCACGCCGGUUGUGGGGAGUGAUUGUGUCCUGUCAGCCUCCUGGUUAGUGUUCCGUUCUAAUCUGCUGGGCUCCCUUUGUGAACCUGUGGACGGUGCUUCUGUUCCAAGUGCCAUGUGAGAAACAAAACGCUUCAGUUACAACAACAAAAAAAGAGAAAAAAAACAUUUAAAAAAAAAGAUGUUUUACUUACUAUGUUAUUUUAAUUUACCUUUAUAUUUUUUUUCUUGUUCGUUCGUUCGUUUCGUUAUCCAAGGGUUUAAAAGUUCAAAGCUCAUACUCUAUAUGUGGGGACCUGCCAACCUGCACUCCUUUUAAAUGUGACUUUCUGUUGGUCCGAACCAUGUGUGCCAAAUGUAUAUUCCUCUGUCGAUGCUUUGAAUAUGAUUAUAACAGUGCAUAAAAAAAAAUAUGAAGAAAAGUUCUGGGGUUUUUUGGAUGCGUUUUCCGAAAAAAAAUUAAAGUCGUCACAGUGUGUCAGAUUUGUAUCCCAAAAAAAAGCUCACGGGUGCUGACAGAAUUUUUUGCUGCAGUUUACAACAACAAAAGAAGGUUGAACACAAUUUGUAAGUUUUUUUUUCUUUGGAUUUGGGUUGCAGUCUUGCUCCAGCGUAGGCCUGCACUGUGCCUCUCUCCCAGCACACAGCUUACCUCAGUCCGAGGCCCCCCCUCCCUCUAUCCUUUUCACUGUGUUUUACCAGCUCUCACAUCGUGGUGUUUACAACUUUUAAUAUCAGUAUCACAGUGAAAAGGAACCGGACAUGGUGCGUUCGAGACUCCACCAAAAGAGGUUCACGAGAAAAAUCUGCAAAUUUUCCUCCAAAGCUCCACAGUAUUCCUCUCUAUGGAUUCCUGUUUCUUUCGGUUUGUUUCCAAAAUAGUUCCUAUGACAAGCGAGGGAGCAGAUGUUUUCACACAGCUGUGCAGGGCUGCCAAUACUGUAACACAGCUGAACAAACCCCCCCACUGCUUACUGGCUGAUCGCAGCUCAGCCUCGACCCACUCCAGACACAACAUUUCCGCUUUACAGCUGAUCUCAGUUAACUUGAAGGAUUGUUCCUCUUCUCCAGAGCUGCAUCUGCAGAGCCAAAAACUCCGUUUCAGCCCCUUCCCCUCUGCAUAAAAUAAAACAUCACAUCUGGAAUUUGAAAUCGCAUGCAUCCAUGUGCAUGUGGAAAACAGAUUAUAAUUCUUUUUUUUAUGCUUUCAACGUUCUCCUCUUGGCUCUUUAGCGCUAAGAUGCCUUUGAGAUGAACUCAAUCAGCAGGGCGGGUGUUUCAUGUCUGGUUCAAACUGAAGCCCACCCCUCUUUCUGCUUCGACCUGCCGUCUGAGAGCUUUUCCAUCAUCUUGAAACGCUUUCCCAGCCAUUCCAGACACUUAUGCAAGAGUACUUAGCAACUCAGAGAUGCACCGGAGACAAAACAGUGUUUCAAAGUACAAAUACACAAAUUUUUCUGCAGUUUUAGAUUUGAUAGGACUUGAUUCACACUCAUAGCUUUAGCUCAGAAAAACACAGUGAGUGUAGUAUUUCCAAUAGCUUCUGUCUGUCUUGGCUUGUAGCUGAAGUCCUUCACAGGCGCCCACCGUUCAGCUCUGAGGUGAAUUUUAUUCUUUUCUAUGGUUUCUCAGGUCAUUCCAAACAGCAGUUUUCCUCAUGUAAGAAACCACUUAACUUUGCAUUUACUAACACACACACACUCACACACUCGUCAUUGUUUCACUGAGUUCACUGCACACACUGUCACACCAGUUUUCCGUCACGCCAUCCAUGUUUGAUGUCAGCUUUAGUAUUCAGAGUCAAACGGAGAGGAUCCGUCAGCGGCUUCAUUUCCAGUUUCCGAGCCGCCACGUUUCGCUCGUCCACACUGAGAACCCAAACAGCCACAUCUGCCUGCAGCUACUGUUUCGUUAGCAGCCGUUUUCUAAAGGUGUUGCAAUGCAGUGGCAUUGCAGAGAUGCUAAGAAAGUGCAACCUGGCUGGGCUUGUCAUUGUACAGUACUAGAAUGCAUGUUUAGUCAGUUUAGAAAAUAAGGCAUGUGUGUAUGUACAGCUCACUGUCUUUUUCCAUGUCAGUUUAGUCGUCAUGUGGUGGUUUGGUGUGAAAGAGGAGAUGCCAGUCCGCUGCCCCCCUGUUGCCACCUGUCCUCACCUUCAGCAUGGGCACUGCCAGCUGGUUUACUCACGAGAAAUCCUAACCGAAUCUCUGGGAAUGCUUCAGAAACCCAUCCAUCCCGCUACACCACUUAGAGUUCAGUCGCCGCUGGUAAUUUCCUACAAGGCAUACCCAACAGGUUGACUUCUAGAUCUCCUUUCCUCUGUCCUACCUUGUGUUGUUCCUUUUUUUUAUUUUUACUUUCCUGGUUGCAAAACACACUUCUUCUCGUCUCGACUUUGUUUUUUAAACCCUUUGAAUUGAUGCUGCUUCUGUGCUUGACUCUGGGUUUACUGCGUGGUGCCAUGUUGUCCACAUGGCCUUUAGAGCUUGUAACGCUUCAGUGUGUAAUGUUACCAUAUGCCUUACAUGUUUUCCAGGACUAAUAAAAAAAGCAUAACAAAAAAAAGACA